CCACAUUUUGCAAAUCAGCUGUAACAGAAAAUUUUGUGAUAGUGAUGGCUUGGACCAAAAUGAUAACUGGAGCAUCAUCAUUAUUGAUUCCAAAAUAGAGAACACAUUCAUUUAGAACCACCAUUAUUUAGAAGUCAAAGAAAGCCAUCCAUUGUAAAGGUUUAGAAAUGCAGUGCAGUAAGUCUGAUGGCAAUGACUCCAGUGGAAAUGAAUUUAAUGGACCAGAAUCCAAUGGGAUGGAUUCCUUUGAUAAAGAAUCUGAUGAGAUGUGGAAACAAGGCUUCAAACAGCAAAACAAAACCGUGGCUGAUAACAACAGUGAACAGCAAGAUCGAAACAAGACUUCUGAAGAACUUAUGAUGGUGGUCCGAGAAAUGAAAAAAUAUCUUCCUUCAGAGAGAAAUCAUAAACCAAGUAUUCUUGAUGCCCUCAACUAUGCCCUUCGAUGUGUAAACAGUGUUCAAGCCAACAAUGAGUUUUUCCAGAUUCUCAGACCAAAUGGAGCACACCAAACAGAUGUAACUAAGUACAGUCUCAAGGAUCUGGCUACCAUUGCGUCAGAGCACACUUCUAAAAACACAGACACCUUUGUGGCGGUUUUUUCGUUUCUGUCGGGAAAGUUGGUACAUGUUUCAGAGCAGGCCGCUUUUAUACUGAACCGUAAGAAGAAUUCCCUGGCAUCUUCCCCAUUUGUUGAGCUGCUUGCCCCUCAAGAUGUGAGGGUAUUCUACGCACACACGGCCCAAGCCCAUCUUCCACUCUGGAAUGUCAGCACCCAAACAGCUUCCCAGUAUGAAUAUUCUCAAGUGAAGCCCUUUUUCUGCAGGAUCAGGGGAGGUAAAGACCGAGAACAAGAAGCCUAUUAUUAUCCAUUCCGGAUCACCCCGUAUUUGAUCAAUGUGUAUAAUUCUACUGACACUGAAUCAGAACCCUGCUGUCUUGCUCUGGUCGAGAAGAUCCAUUCUGGUUAUGAAGCUCCCCGGAUCCCCGUGAAUAAAAGGAUCUUUACAACAACACAUACCCCAGGGUGUAUGUUUCUUGAAGUGGAUGAAAGAGCUGUACCUUUGCUGGGCUACCUCCCUCAGGACCUGAUUGGAACCUCCAUCUUAAUGUACCUGCAUCCAGAAGACCGUCCUCUGAUGUUUACUGUGCACCAAAAAAUCUUAAAAUAUGCAGGCCAACCUCCCUUUGAACAUUCACCUGUCAGAUUUUGUACUCAGAAUGGAGAUUAUGUAAUAUUGGAUUCCAGCUGGUCUAGCUUUGUGAACCCAUGGAGCCGGAAAAUUUCCUUCAUCAUUGGCCGGCAUAAAGUCCGAACGAGUCCAUUAAAUGAAGAUAUUUUUGCCACCAGAAUCAAGAAGAUGAGCAGUAUUGACAAAGAUAUAAUGGAAUUACAAGAUCAGAUUUACAAACUUCUCUUGCAGCCGGUUCAUGUUGGUGGGUCCAGUGGCUAUGGGAGCUUAGGAAGCAAUGGGUCACAGGAGCAUUACAUUAGCAUCGCAUCAUCUAGUGAAUCUAGUGGAAACUGUGUCGAGGAAAUCCAGAAGGAGCCAAUGACAUUGCAACAGGUCUGUGCCACUGUCAACAGAAUCAAAAAUCUGGGUCAACAGCUGUAUAUUGAAUCAAGGACUAAAUUAUCAAACCAACAGUUUAUAGGAUCAAGUUCAGAGCAACAAGGUGGCAACAAAAAGCCUUCCCAUCCUUCAUCUCAGGAACUGAGAAAUAGUAGUUUGGGCACUGACUCUUGCGAUGAUUUAAGAAAAGAUCAGCAUAUUCCAUCAUAUCAACAGAUCAAUUGUGUGGACAGUAUUAUCAGGUAUCUGGAGAGCUACAACAUCCCUGCCUUGAAGAGGAAGUGCAUCUCCUGCACCAAUACAACUUCCUCUUCCUCUGAAGAAGACCACAUCAGUCAGAGACCAGCUGGGGCCCAGGCACUAGAAUCCAUUCCCCAGAUCCCGGUCCUGGCCACACCUGCAAGGGCUGAUGAUGAGGAGUUGGUGCUCUCCCCCAAGGCCAUGAGUGUGCUCUCUGCCACAAGCCAGUGCAGCUACCGGAGCACCCUGGUGCACGUUCCCCACCCAGAAUCAGAGGUAACUGCUGGAGAUGAUGUUACUGCAGGAAAUGAGCAGGCUGAGGCCCGGAGUUUGAGUCUCCAGACUUUCCCUGUGGCCCCAGAGGAGUUUAAGCAAGUAGGACUCACAAAGGCAGUUCUCUCUGCUCAUACACAAAAGGAAGAGAAGAACUAUGUGGACAGAUUUAGAGAAAAGAUCCUAUCUUCUCCAUAUUGCUCCUACCUUCAGCCAGAUAGCAAAAGCAAGAUGAAAUAUGCCACCAUCCAAGGGGAAGCUCCUUCAAAGCAGGCCACAUCUGCUGGCUAUAAAAAGGGAAAACACAAACGCCAGAAGCUCCCAGUGUCAUCUUGCAGCAGCGGUUCUCGUGAGAACUUUCCUUCUCCUCUGGGGAAGCCGCCUCCAGGCAGAUCACCCUGGUUGCUUUCAGACUUGACCCCUUCUCAUCCUUGUGGGUUGUUGCACCCUCCUUUAGCAGGAGUUCCCAUGCAGGCCCCUUCCCCAGUCACUGGCUUCCCUGUCUUGCCCUCGUUGUCUUCUCUGAGAACACAGUACACAGCAUCCGCACCUGAACUGGGGCCUCAACCUGAACUGCAUCCUUCCUACAGGAUGCAGCCGCUUCCAGCAUUCCCUUCUCCUUAUGUGGGUGCUUUUAUGACCAUUAUUUUACACAAUUCCCCUCCCUAUCCCCAGACAUGUCAGCCAUUCUCUGUCCCCUGUCCAUUCUCAUGUGUGCCUGGCUCGUCUGAAAUCCCCCCACCGCCCCCACCUCCCUCGUCACCAGCGCUGCCUCCGGAGGACCUUCCAGAGCCACCAUCCCCAGCCUCUAGCCCGAGAUCGGCUGAAGAAUGGGCGCUCCAGAGCGAGCAGGAGCACCCCUUGUUUAGUCAUUCCAGGAGCAGCUCCCCCUUACAGCUAAACCUGCUCCAGGAAGAAAUGCCGGGAGCUCCCGAGCCUCUGCAGCACACAGGACCAGAGGCAGACCCAGGAGCCCAGCAUCAAUCUAAGGCAGGAGAUAAUAAAGAGAGUCAUAAUUCAGUGGCCAAGGAGCUCUUCACCCUGUUACUUCAAAAGGACUCUCCUGCUGGGGCUGGUUCUGUGGCAUCAGGUAGUGGGUCUGUGAAAUCAAACUCCUCAAGCUCUGACGCCAAUGGCUCACUCUCCCAUGGCACAUCUGGUUGUGGCACAGGAAGCAGCGAUAGCAGUAAAUACUUUGCAAGCAGCGACUAUUCCUCUGAAACUUCCCAGAACAGGCAGAAAUUAGAGGAAAAAGAAACACCUCACAAAUCAGGUAGAGACGCCAUCUGGGGAAUGAUAGAGCAGACCCCCGAGUGUGUCCUGAUGACUUAUCAGGUCCCAGAGAGGGUUAAAGAAGAUGUAUUGAAAGAGGAUCUGGAGAAACUGGAAAGUAUGAGGCAGCAUCAGCCUCGUUUCACGGAUGGACAGAAAGAAGAGUUGGCUGAAGUGCACCCUUGGAUUCAAAGCCAGAUGGUCCCUCGAGAGAUAGACACCCACGGCUGUGUCACAUGUGACAACAAACGUUCACCAGGUGUUGGGGCUUUGCCUUAUGAGAAGAGUCUGGAAGAAGACAUUUGGGUGACUGACCAGGAAGAUGUACCUGCACAGCCUUUUCAAGAUAGAAAGCUUUGAAGCUUUGGACACUUAUGAAGCCUUGCAUAUCUUCUAAAAAUCUUGCCUUUUCAAUGACUUUGCAUUAACAGUAAAUGCUUAGAGCUGUCCAAAAGUUUUCUUCCUCAAUUUUUGAUAGACUUUUAUUUUUUCAAAUAGAAUGACUUUCCAAAUAGAAUCUUUUACUCUUAAAUUUGAAAUAUGUUCCUAGUAUCUUGAAACCAUCAGUUGCAUUUGGCUCCCAUUUCUGCCAUCACAAUUCCA